UGACCCUUUUGCCUCAUUUAGGAAAUCCCCUCAAACCAUCAAAAAAAGAAAAGAAAAAAAAUUGAUACAUUCGGAUUAUAUUAAGAAGAAAAAAUGUCUACUCAUAAUAAAAUUGAUCGGGACUCUGCAAAUGCAAUUACAAAUGCACUUUCAUUUUUUGAAACUCCAAACACAAAUGUCAGCGUUACUAGCUCUUCAGUAAUUGAGCUUCUUACUCUUAACCCAAUUAAUAUUACACCAUAUCAUUUUAAAAUCCACGCAAGCACUAAUUAUGUUGACCUAGCAAAAUGUUAUGUUUUAACCGAGUUAAGAAUUCGGAAAGAAGAUGAAAAUGGACGUCUCAUCAAUUUGGCGGCUGCAGACAACAACGUUUCCUGCUGCCAACUUAUUGGACAUACAAUUUGGAAAAAUUGUCGUAUUAGUAUCAAUGGAACUCAAAUCUUUGAAGGAAAUUCACUUAUGGCAUACAAAAGUAUUUUCGACUAUGAGCUUACUUAUCCACAGACAGUAAAAAAUUCUUACCUAUCCGCCGCGGGAUAUUACGACGAUGGUGAUAUGGGACUUAAUGGUGUUGGUUUCGAGAAUAGAAGACUUUUAUUUGCACCAUCAGCUGAUGGCACACAAAGAUCGGCACAAUUUAUGGCAAAAUUAGACGUGGACAUUUGCAAUCAACCCCGAUAUAUAGUUAAUCAAUGUGAAGUGGAUAUUGAACUUUUGCCCCAUGAUUCAAAUUUCCUCAUUGUUGCUCCAGGAGCAACUAAUCAUAAAUAUCAUUUAGAAUCUUGCCUUCGAUAUAGCAAAGAAAUUAGAAUUGAAACCAGCACGAUAUCCGAUGAGAAAAACUUCACUAAAAUCACUAUUCAUAAGUGA